CUCAAACCAUCGCCAACCCGCGACAAGUGCCUGCCGCUGCCCCAUCGCCACCCGUCUGCAUCCCCCCCGCCGGCAUCGCGCAUCGAGCCUUAGUGACAUUGGCGAGGGUCUUGAUGCGCCGGCCCUCGACCCCGACGCGAGCCAUCUGACGCGACUUUGUCGGCGCUGUACCCGCGCCCCCCCCCCAACACGCGGCGCCAUCGCAGCUGCGCAACGGCUCGUCGAAUUGCGGGCGCGCAAUUCGUCCCUUCCGCCAUCGCCAUCUACGAUCUCACACAGCACGGCGCCUCAUGCCAUCGCGACUCAGCCAUCCAUGACGACUCUCGUGGCGACUCGACAGGCGCUGGAACUUCUUAGCAUGAGCGACCAGCAGAAGCGCCGAACAAGCAAGCGGCUUGCAGCUGCGGCCGAUUAUGAGCAGGAUGACGACUUUCAGUUUGUUCGCAAGUCAAAACGCCCGAAGACGGAGGAGGAGAAGGAACCGCCGAAGAAGACAGGAAGAGGCCGCGCGUCGGCCAAGGAUAAGGCUGCCCGGGAAUUGAGCGCCAUAUCGGAAUCACCCAAAGCACUUCCGUCGGUAGCGGCGGCGACAACGACCACAACCACAACGGGGACGAGAAAAUCAUCGCGGAGGAAGCAGAACGUCGAUGCGCCAGAGGAGCCCCAGCAGCAACCACAGAAGAGGGCAACGCGCCAGAGCAAACGAUUAUCAGGCGAUAGCAAUGUUGAGGAGCCCAAAGCAAACGGCGCAUCGCGCAAGCAAGGCCGUGGCAAGGGCAGACCACCGCGUGUGGUGUUGGAGGAAGAGCCUGAGGAGGAAGUGGACGAGGUAGCAGCAUCGCCGCCGACACCGCCCGCACCCGUCGAAUCCACCAAGAUUGCGCUCCCGAUGAGCGACACGCCAAUCAUCAACCGCAACAAGGACAUGCGCAAGAAGGGCAACUCGAACCGAAGAAGCAGCCUAGGGUCGCGUGGACGGAGGGCGAGCUCGCUGAUAGAGAGUGGGCAGUCGGCGAUACCGCACCGCGAGGUUGACCCGGCAGAAUUCUACAAGCACAUCGAAGCCGACCUGGUAGAGCCGCGGAGGAUGAAGCAGCUGCUAAUGUGGUGCGGCGAGCGCGCCCUGUCGGCGAAACCGCCCUUGGGCACACCGAAUUCGGAUGCGAUACUGGGAGCUCGUGCGAUUCAGGACCAGAUACUUAGGGACUUUGCGUCCCGUUCGGAGUUUUCGGAUUGGUUCAGUAGAGACGAUGCUGAGCCAAGGGCAAAGGUGGUGCUCAAGCCGAACCCACGAAAUAUUGAGAUGGAUGAGAAGCUCGCGUCGCUACAAGAGAAGAUUGACAGGUUACGGAGAGAGAAAGAGGCGUGGCUAUUAAUGAAGAAGCUCCCUCCGGAACAGCCGCCGCUAUUCAGCGCCGAUGAGCCCGACCAGAUCGUCCUCCCAGACUUUGAUCUGUUGGACGAGGACGACGGAAAGCUACGGGGCCAGCUCGCCGACGAAGCAAACUCGUCCGCGGCACUACGCUCAAGAACAGAAUUGAGAUUGAAAAAGAUUCAGUCGUCAUUGGAGUUCCAGAUCGAUCAGUUUGCGGAUAACGUGCACAAGCUGGAGCAACGAGUACAGGUCGCCGGCAAGGAAGCGGAUAGGGUUCUGAAGCUCAGCGCGGUACGGCUGCGUGAACGCGAGCAGCGGGAGAAGACAAGUGCCGGGACGAGAGACAUGCCCAUCAUGGAAGUCCUCCGGAGCCUGGGUCAGAUACUACCCGAAGGCAACGGGGGGUGAUGCGGCCGCGUUGCUUGCUAGGGAUGAUGGGCAGAAGGCGAGGUUUCUUAACGAGGCUGAUGAUGACGAGACGCGAGGCGCUUGGUGUUGGAGCUCCCUUGUUUGGCAGGCAGGGCCUCUUUCCCCUCUGUUACUGCUGGCGUCCGGGAAGACGCAGAAGGAGGCGGCCCCCUUCCUUUUUUUC